UUUGUGCUUCACCAAUGUUUAGGUACCAAAGUGCAGUGGGACCAAUAUACGAGUAGAAAAACGUUUCACUUACACAUUUGGAGCUUUCAAGAAGGAGAAGGGGUUACGUUCAUCGUGCGUAUUCUCCUCAAACGGCAAGAAUUAAUGGACACACGUGUACACAAAAACAUUCGCUGCGUUUAGUCAGUGCGAAAGUAAUUCGGAUGGACGAUCGUGCAGCGGUGAACUGCGAUGAGAAUUCUCGAAUCCGUGAAAAAAAGUUACACUCGCGAGAGAAUAGGGUAAGGAAUAGAUGGCGUGUGAAAUAAUUUUUGAUAAAAUAGUGGAAGCGAACCCUUCCGUGGAUUCGGAGCCAAUUUGAAGGAUCUCAACGAGCGUCGAAUAUGAUCAGUCAGACGUCGGAGGAGCUGAUCACCGCUGCACCUCCUGGUGCAAAGAAAAGACCGAAGCAAGGCACGAAGCCGCGUAAAUUGAGCGCGAGAACGUUCGAUUUCCUUUGGAGGCGUAACUCGCGACGUAGGUGUGGAUCGGAGAACGAAGAGAAAAAAGACGAUUUCGUGGAAGUCAGGAUCGUCGAGUGCAAUGUCAACAAUGUUCUGCCCAGCAAAACGUCUUUCAGUUUUAUCAAGAAUAUGAAGAAACACAUGCAAGUCAAGAAGCUAACGAUAUGUAAAUCGAAACGAAAAGAGAACGAGAUCCAAGUGUCCAGCUUGGAGAACGGUACAAACUUUGAAAAUAUCCACAGAAAUGCGGAAACUAAUGAGAUGCUAAGUAAUGAUAACAAAGUGAAAGCUAGCCUCACGGAGGAGUUGCUUAAACUAAGCAAUUACGGAUGGUAUUGGGGUCCGAUGUCGAGAAGCGAAGCCUACGCUAAACUGUUAUCCGAACCGGACGGUGCGUUUUUGGUCAGGGACUCUUUGGACGACAGAUACGUCCUGACGCUUAGUUUUAAAUCAUCGGGCAUGUUGCUCCAUGCUCGUAUGGAGCAUAGCGGCGGUUUAUUUUCUUUAUGCAACCAAAGUGAAAGCGAGGGAUUCAGCUCGGUGGCCGAUUUAAUCGACUAUUCGAUGAAUUUUAGCCAGUCAAUGUUUUGUUAUUUACGGCCUAGAUUCCCCGGUCAGCCGUCGCUCCCAGUCAGGCUAACAAAACCACUAAGCAGGUUUACGCAAGUACGAAGUUUGCAGUAUCUCUGCCGUUUUGUUAUACGUCAAAAUACUAGGUUGGACAAUAUUCAUAAAUUGCCUUUACCUAAAACUAUCAAAGGCUAUAUAGAGGAAGCACAUUAUUGAUGUGAAAUUGAAAUAAAAUAGAUAGAAAGUACCUU